UCAAAAGUUGCAAUUGUACCAAACAGCACCUGUGUACUGAGACUUACGGAUAUUAACACGCAAAUCAAAAUAUCAUACAAUGGCCGGCAUCGAUGACAAGCAAAUGUCUGUCCUAAUCACAGGGUGUUCCCCCGGUGGAAUAGGUAACUCGCUGGCUCGUGAGUUCCACAGAAAUGGGCUACGCGUGUUCGCGACAGCAAGAAGUGCAGACACCCUGCAAGAUUUGGCAUCAAUCGACAUCAAUGCUAGACUCGGGGGCAAGGGACUCAAUUACCUAGUGAAUAAUGCAGGCCGCAAUUACACGGUCCCAGCGAUGGAGGCUGAGCUCUCGGAAGUUCGCGCAACUUUCGAAACCAACCUCUUUUCAGUCAUCUACAUUUGCCAGGUUUUCUUGCCUCUUCUCAUCAGAGCCAAAGGAACCAUUGUACAAGUCGGAAGUGUCGCUGGGAUUAUUCCAUAUGUCUUUGGGUCGGUCUACAAUGCCUCGAAGGCCGCCCUGCAUUCAUUCAGUGAUACCUUACGGGUAGAACUCGCUCCUUUCGGGGUCAAUGUCACCACGAUCGUCACCGGAGGUGUACAAUCCCGUAUUGCUCGGAUCAAACGUACGCUCACUCCCAACUCAAGGUAUCUCCCAAUCGAAGAGGAGUACAAUCGACGCGUGGUUCACAGUCAGGAUGGGGCCAUGCCAAAUUCCGAUUAUGCGCGGAGUGUGGUCUCACAAAUACUAUAUGGACCAGCCCCAUUGCGUUGGGUCUGGCCAUGGGCGCCAAGCCGUAGCUGGAUCUGGGAAGGUAACAAAAGUUGGGUUGUUUGGCUUCUCAGUGGGGGGUGGGCUUGGACUGGCCUGUUCCAUUUUAUGAUGACAAGAAUGUUCAAGCUUUACAGAUUGAAGAAGGUGGAAGAUGGGAAAAAGGCCUUGUGAUUUCUUCCAGGUUUACUGGUAAGGGGUCCGUUGUAGUGGGAUUUUGUGCUGAGGACGAGCUUGGAAGAUCCAAUGAGGUAAAUUGAUCUGGUCUUGGGACAGUCAAGUAUGAGCAACUUAGCUAAGGUUUCCACCUUAUCCUUUGCGCCUUCUAUUGAUAACACGAGAAGGAUUGAGUCAAGUAGAGAAAUAUAAAAAAAGGAAGCGCGGCAUAG